UGCUUGCCUGGGACUGAGCUGAGGUGCUGCAGACAAGCAGACCAAGAGCCUCUGACCAUCCCUCCUGGCAGGCGGGGCUCGAGUGGCAGCUGUACCCUGGCCCAGCUGAGAGGUUUUCUCCAGGAGGUGGAUAUCCAGAUUGUCCCCAUGGCAGCCUUCCUGUCUGCUGGCCUCGGUGUGCUCACACCCUCAGAGACCUACUCUGUACCUGUGAGCAGCUCCAGCUGGGAGCCCCCACUGGGGACACCAUUCCCAUCAGGGCCCUGUGCCAGUUCAUCAGAGGCUGAAGCCGUGGCUGAGCCCCCUGGCCAGAGUCCCAAGAACCCACGAGUGUCUAGUGUGACGGUUCAGCUGGAGAUGAAGCCUCUGUGGGAGGAAUUCAACCAGCUGGGCACUGAGAUGAUUGUCACCAAGGCAGGCAGGAGAAUGUUCCCCACCUUCCAGGUGAAGAUUCUGGGCAUGGACACACUGGCCGACUAUGCCCUGCUCAUGGACUUUAUCCCACUGGACGACAAGCGAUACAGGUACGCCUUCCACAGCUCGGCCUGGCUGGUGGCAGGCAAGGCUGACCCAGCCACGCCUGGCCGUGUGCACUUCCACCCCGACUCACCGGCCAAGGGUGCCCAGUGGAUGCGCCAGAUCGUGUCCUUCGACAAGCUCAAGCUGACCAACAACCUCCUGGAUGACAACGGCCACAUCAUUCUGAACUCCAUGCACCGCUACCAGCCCCGCUUCCACGUGAUCUUCGUGGACCCACGCAAGGACAGCGAGCGCUACGCACAGGAGAACUUCAAGUCCUUCAUCUUCACGGAGACCCAGUUCACAGCCGUGACGGCCUAUCAGAACCACCGGAUCACCCAGCUGAAAAUCGCCAGCAACCCUUUUGCCAAGGGCUUCAGAGAGACUGACCCGGACUCCUGGCCUGUGGCUUCACGACCCCUGCUCCAUAUCCCAACUCGGAGUCACAGUCCCUGCCUGCUAAAGGGCCCCCAAGAGCAGGACAAAGAUCUCAACAAAACUUCAGUCUCUACCUCUAGGACCCCUGCCCAGCUCCACCAACUGCUGCCUCCUCCCGACGUCCUGCUACCUCCAACCCCCUGUAGGCCCCUUGUUUACCAGGCCCGGUACCCUGGAGCCCCAAGCCACCUUGGGAUCCCAAGGAUCCGACCAGCUCCAUACUCAAUCCCCAACAUCCAGACUGAUGGGAGUCAGGGAGGCCUGACCCUCCAAGCUAGGCUGGGGCUGCUGUCUGCCACCAUGUGCCUGGGGCCUGGGCAGGACUCUCAGUGAUGGCAGAAACGCUGGGCAGGCCCUCCUACUCUGGACCCUCACCCCAUGAAUCAGCUUCUGCACCUUCCCAACCCCUGCUCUGCAGACUCCUCCCAAAGCAAGCAGAGCAGCUGGAAGUCCUCAGAGGGAGGCUACUUGCCCAGUCACAACCAGGCUGGGACAGUGGCAGGCCUGGAACUAGGCCUCCUACCUAUCACCCCAGCAACUGAGAAUCCUUCCCCUCCUGCUUUGGCUGCGGCUCUUCCAAACCCAGUUUUACCUCUUCCCUUCCCCUCAACAUUAAACCAUUUGGCAUGAA